UGGGUUGGGCACCUUUGUAGAAACGUCCAUUUAAUUUAAUCUCAUUGCUAAAAAGCAAUUUACACACCCAUGAUUGAUCAAGAAUGGGACAUAGAGGUUUACAGCAGUGCACUCGUCAACUUGUUAGAAGCUUCGGCUUCAUGCUGGAAGAAGUAUCUACUCCGAGACAGCAGGGGGCGCGCUACAGAAACGCAGUCCGCUCUCUCUUGCAGCUCCGCCAGAGUAAUCAGAGACUUCAUCCGCCAUGUCUGAUAUCGCAGAUUCGCCAGAAACCUUGUCAAAACAAUUUAAAUAAAAUACAUGGGCGCAGUUCUGAAAAAUAAAAAGGCAGCACAACAGUUAGUUUCAGUAUUUAAAGUUUAGGGUUUUAUUUUGGGAAUUAUGGACACUCCAGAUUCAGGUGGUGUUACAAUCUUUAUGUGCAAAGUCUGCAACUUAUUCUCUCCCAGCAAAGCUAAGCUGCUUUCACACGUCCAUGAGAAACACGCCACUGACGCUCUCGACUCUGAUGACAUCAUUGUCCCCCUGAAACCUUUGCAAACAGCAGCUCAGUCAGAGAAGAGUGAAGCUGUAGAUUCCCCAGUCAAGAGGAAACGAGGCAGGCCCAAGGGCUCCACCAAGAAGAUCCCGUCAGACGUGGUGCAGGACACCCCGUCCACUCCGACACAGGGGCCCGAGCUCCAGACCCAGAGGGUGGAAGAGCAGGAGAACAGAGAUUCCAGCUCCCUGGACUGCAAGAAGUGCAACCGCAAAUUCUGCAACAAGCGGCAACUCACGAAACACAUCUGCAUCAUCGGGCUUAAGGAGGACGCCGAUGGAGAAGAUGCCAACGAUGAUGGCCCUGAACUCAACCUGGCGGCAGAGGGCAGAGAAGAAGAGCGCGAGACGUUCCCAAAGAAAGCGCGUACCUUGCGUACAGAGAAGGCUUGCAGUAUUAAGAACAUGGAGCAAGGAGGUGUCACCAAAAAUCCCAUAAUCAGUGUUGUUCUUACAGCCCACGAGGCCAUUCCAGGUGCCACCAAGAUCGUUCCUAUUGAGGCCUCCCCAGCUGAGCCAGGGCCCACCACAGAGCCAGACCCCGGUGCUCAGGAAGCUGGGCUGAAACGAGGCUAUCAGGAAUAUGCCAUCCAACAGGCUGCUUAUGAAGUGCCCUUGAAAUCAAACAGGCUUGGGCAGACACAGCUCAAGAUCUUUACCUGUGAGUAUUGUAAUAAGGUGUUCAAGUUCAAGCACUCUCUACAGACCCACUUGAGAAUCCAUACAAACGAGAAGCCAUUCAAGUGCCUACAUUGUGACUAUGCCAGUGCCAUCAAGGCCAACCUCAGUGUCCACAUGCGCAAGCACACGGGAGAGAAGUUCAGCUGCGAGUACUGCUCCUUCAACAGUCUCAGCAAAGGUCACCUGAAGGUGCACGUGGAGAGGGUGCACAAGAAGAUCAAGCAGCACUGUCGCUUCUGCAAGAAGAAGUACUCGGACGUUAAGAACCUCCUCAAGCACAUUCGAGAGAUCCAUGAUAUGGAGGACAAGAAGGUGAAAGACGUCUAUGAAGAGCUCAGUCUCCAGACUAGAGAGGGGAAGAGGCAGCUGCUUUACGAUUGUCAGAUCUGUGACCGGAAGUUCAAGAACGAGCUGGACAGGGACCGCCACAUGAUGGUCCACGGCAGCGAGAGGCCCUUUGGCUGCGAACUUUGUGACCAUGGAUCUACCAAGUAUCAGGCCUUGCAGGUUCACAUCCGCAAGCACCCCUUCAUCUACGUCUGCUCCAUCUGCCUACAGAAGUUUGUCAGCUCCGUACGGUUAAAGACCCACCUCCGAGAUGUCCACCCAGAUGUUGAGGAGAGCACUGCCUUUGCCGACUCCAUCAAUCGUAGCUUUUGCCUGCUGGAGCCUGGCAGUGACAUCCAACGAGAGUCACUGAAGCAGGAGGAGCUUCAGAUUACGGAGGAGCUGUCCCUGCUCAACACGCAGCAUGACGUGCUCAUCCAGGACCUAGGAUCCUCCUCUGAGGUGGCUCCUGUCCAAACUUCUGACCGCCUUGCUGUGGAGACACAGCUCCUGACACAGGAAGCUGGUUUUGAGGAAACAAUGGAGAGCAUCCCGCAGGAGGUGUGCACCACACCCGUCUCUAGCACUCACGAGGGUGAGGCAAGUGCUGCCAACGAGGGAAUCUCGGAAGACGUCCACAGGGAGCCAUCAAAUCUAGGCAAAUCUCAGGAGGACACCUUCGUUGACCCCGAACCUUCAAGUCAAGAACCUCCUCUGUUGCCUUUGGACGACAGUCCUUUGACAAACUUUGGAGAACUCCCUCAAAUUGAGCAGCUCAAUACUGAGAAAGACAAAGACUCUUCGUCAGGUCCCCAAGUGAAUGUAGAACUCGUCCAGGAGGUGGAGGCCACAUCUCAAAAAGACAUUGUUCCUAGCACAGAGGAAGAGGUGACCCAGACAUCCCAGGAGGAGAGAACAGCUUUUAGGAAAAUUAUAGAUAGCAUGCAGAAAAGACAACUGAACAUGGAGGUCUUUGAGAGGAUCAGGAAGGUGUACGGCGACUUUGAGUGUGAAUAUUGUGGCAAGCUCUUCUGGUACCAGGUGCACUACAACAUGCAUGUCCGGACACACACGCGUGAGCACCUGCACUACUGCUCCCAGUGCAACUACUCCUCGGUCACCAAGAACUGCCUGAAGCGACACGUCAUCCAGAGGCACAGCGACAUCCUGCUCAAGUGCCCGGCCGACGGGUGCCAGUACUGCACCCCUGACAAGUACAAGCUGCAGGCCCACCUCAAGGUCCACUCCGAGGCGAACAAGCGAAACUAUGUAUGUCCUGUAUGCGAGCAGUCUUUCCCUGAAGACAGACUCAUAAAAUCUCAUAUAAAAACCUGCCAUCCAGACGUCUCCACGAGCGUGAUCUCUGAGGUCCUGGGGCAGCGGGUACAGCUGAAGGGCGUGAUCGGGAAGAGGGCGUCCAAGUGCCCUUACUGCGACUGCUACUUCAUGCGCAACGGCACCGACCUGCAGCAGCACAUCUGGGCCCAUGAGGGAAUAAAGCCAUACAAGUGCUCCCUGUGUGACUACGCCACACGCAGCAAGAGCAACCUGAAGGCACACAUGAACCGGCACAGCACGGAGAAAACGCACCUUUGCGACAUGUGUGGCAAGAAGUUCAAGUCCAAAUGUACUCUCAAGAGCCACAAGCUGAUGCACACAGCGGAUGGAAAACAGUUUAAAUGCACUGAAUGCAACUACACAGCUGCACAGCAACUUCACUUAAUGCGCCACAUGGAGAAACACACCUCUUUGAAGCCUUUCCGCUGUGCACACUGCCACUACUCCUGCAACAUACCAGGCUCCCUCAAGAGACACUACUACAAGAAGCACCCCAGCGAGCCGUACACCAACGCAGAAGCCGGAACGGCGGUGGCAGCGGUGACAGAUAUGGAAGCACAGCAAGAAGGAGUGAAGUGUCCAGUGUGUAACUAUGUGUACGGCACUAAGUGGGAAAUGAACCAGCACCUAAAGACCAAGCACGGCCUCAAGCUGGUGGAGAACGAUGGAGUGGUCAUGAACCAGUGGGAGGUGGUGGAGUCGCUGAAGGAGCCUGCUGCUCAGUACCUCCAGAUCACCGAGGCUGACGAACUUCAGGGCACCGAGGCCGCCGUGUCGGCCCUGCAGGACCUCCGCUACAAUGCGGAAAACGGUGUUGUGUCCACCACCGCUGCAGACAGACUGGACCCUGCAGCAGUCAAUAUUUUCCAGCAGAUCAUUGAGCUCGGGGCUGAGAAUCAUGACGCUGCGGUAGCAUCCGUUGUUGCUAUGGCUCCUGGCACGGUGACGGUGGUGGAGCAGGUGACGGAGGAGCAGCAGCAGGCCGACCACGCGGCGAUGAUCCAGGACGCACUGCAGCAGGCCUCGGUGGGGCUGGCUGAUGAACACCACCUGGUUGUGUCCUCCGACGGCGUGGAGGGCAUCGAGACGGUCACGGUGUACACGCAGGGCGAGGAUGCCUCCCAGUUCAUCGUGUAUGUCCAGGAGGCCGUGCAGGAGGCCGUCCAGGAGGCUGUCCAGGAGGAGCAGCAUGCAGCAGAGGGCAUCUAAGAGACACAGGACCUGGAGCACUUUGUGGUGACCAUUUCAGCCCAAUUUUAAAGACAAUGUAUUUGAUUCGGCACCUUAAGUCCCGAUCUUCCUAAUGUGGUAUCACAUUUUUUCUGGCGUGCCUAUACAUGCUGACCCUGGAACGGCUACCGAUUGUACCUUCUCCUCGCAGAAAGUUUGACAGUAUGGCCACGUCCACAUCAGCACAGCUGUGGUACAAUUAUGCCAUUACAUUGCACUACCUUAUUAAAAAAAAGUUUGAAUAAUUUUCAAAUUUCAUAAUUUAUAUUUUUCCUACGAUAAAAAUCGUUCUUUAUAUUCAGCAUCAUUUGCAUUUGUACAUUUUAAGUGCAACAUGGUGUAGAAGAGAUAUUUUGCUUCCCUUCCGACAAAUUUUUAAUUUUUUAAGAAUGUUUGCUUCCUUAGCUGAAAACUUUUAAUUUAUAAUGUGUAUUUACAUAUGUACACAAACAUAUGUAUAUAUACAUUUUUACAUACUUAAAAUCAUGAAAAAUGUUAGCUACAAAACCUAUCCAUGUUGAAAAAACAAAACUUGUUACAAUUAAGCAAGGAAGUAUUGAGGGGGAAAAUAAACAGACCCGACAUCUUAAUUCUAA